UAACAACCUGCCAAUUUGGCGGUAUUUUCAUGAUCAAUUUUGGAUAAUAGUUGAAGAAAGACUUUACUAUUACCGGCCCCCAAGUAUUGAACUAAAGAAAUGAUGGCUACAGAAGCACCUGUCUCUAUGAUGUCUGUGGACCACUCGAAGAUAGACUUGACAAAAUCUGAAGAAACACCAGGAUCGAACCCAAUGAUUGCUCAAAAGCUGGCACAAGGACGUUUGUUUGGCAGCCCACCCACAGCUGCCGGCAUAGCAACCAUUACUCAAUUCCUACAAGCCACACCCCCUGAUCAAACCACCCCUUCUAGUACCCAGUCUCACUCAUUUCUGACCACACCCACUAGACAGUCUUCAGCUGUGGUAACUACACACAUCCUACCAAAAUCGUGUCCCCCGAAAACAAAACUGAGCCAAGAGGAGAGGAAGGCCAAGCGUUUAGAGCGUGACAUGAUGAGGGCGGAGUCUCAGGCCAGACGCGAGGAAGAAAGACUCAAGAGAGAGUUGGAGAAGAAAGAACGUCAGGAGAGAAAGGCCUGGGAGGAAAAAUCCAAGAAAGAGAAACGAGAGAAAAAAGAAGCUGAGAAAAAGAAAAAAGACGAGGAGAGAAAGAAGGCUGAUUUGGAAAAGGAACAAGCUAAAGAGGAGAAGUUUCGAAAAGAUCAGCAGAAGAAGGAGCGUUUAUUGGGCUUCUUUGUGGUAAAACCGAAAGCAGAGGCUGCCAAACAAGAAAGCUCGUUCGUCACCCCCUUCUCUCUCAAAGCUCACAUGACCCUUGCCCCUCGACCACGCCCCCCUCUGUCUAGCACCACAGUGUUCGACCAACUCUUGCAAGCUCAGGAUUUUAACAUUUCCAUGGAGAACAGUGUGAAAGAGCUUAAAAUGGCCUCACCAAAAGUUGAAAAGAAACGAAUUGAAGAGGAUGAUGUAAUUGAGAUCAAGCCCAGUGACGGUGACAAAGUUCAGCAUUCCUUCAAACUGCUCCAGUUCCACAAGAACCACCGGCCAGCCUACUAUGGUACCUGGCGGAAGAGUAGUGGUCUUAUCAACCCCAGGAACCCCUUCAAAAGAGAUGAGGCCCAGCUGGACUAUAGUGUGGACAGCGACGAUGAGUGGGAGGAGGAGGACCCAGGGGAGAGCAUCUCCAACAGUGAGGGCGAGGACUCUUGUGAGGAGGAUGAAGACGAAGAGGACGAUGGUUUCCUUGUUCCCCACGGCUACCUCUCUGACGGGGAGGGAGGCGAUGACCUGCCAGCUGGCUUUGACCCCACAGGGGAAGCAUUGGAGGAAGAUGAAUCUAAACGUAAUAAAAUGGCUGACAAAGCGAAGGCCUGGGAGGUGGAGUUCUCCAGAAAGUGUCAGCCCCUCAAGCCAGUGCGGAUGGGAUGUACUUGGACCUGUAUGUCGGCUGGCGGUGACAAUCUCUCCAAGGACGCGAGUUUCUUGAAACAAUUUGCAGCUGUUGCACUCGUGAAACUCCCGCUAUCUGAGAUCACGAAAACGGAGUCUGAGAAUGUGAGUGGGUCCACCGAGCUCACCAGAAUGCCAGUACCAGAGGAAGCUGUUCCGGAUCUCAUUCGACUGAUGCACAAAAGUUCGAUUGGAGUUUCUCGAAUUAUCAAAACAUUCCGUAUGCAUUGGGGAGCCAAGAAACUCACACCACCACCCUCCAAUCAGACCACACCCACUAAGGUCCCCAAAGAACUUGAUACGAUGACCUCACCAAAAACCCUCGCGGGCAGAUCACCACCAGACAAUUCCAAUUCCAAUUCAUUAGAGAAUGCUUCUGGAAUUUCGAAACGUCAAGUAGAGAAAAAGAUACACGAAAUAGCCGUUAAGGAAUAUCGAUCUAGCCACAGGUCUGUGUGGUAUGUCCAUGAAGCAGUGAUGGAAAAGUACAACAUCGACCCAGAUAAUGUUACUCCAUUUAUCUCGUUCUCAUCUCCGCAAAGCAAGAUAAAUUCAACCGACCCUCCGAAGAUAGUCACCCCACAAUUUACUUUGUCAAAUGAAAAGAAACGAAAAGCUGACAGUAUCAUAACUUUGUUGAACAUGUUGACGAAAUCUCCACACACGUUGACCACUACUCCCCCACAGCCGAAAAGGAUUAAGCUACAACUACACGUAGACAGGGUACCCCCCACAAAGCCAGUUGACCACACCCUAUUACGAGAGGUGGACGGCAACCAAGACCCCACCUCACAGAAGAGAGAGUUGGAAGAACCCAUCAUUCAGUCUGCUGCCAAGAGACUUUGUUUGGAGGAUGCCACUAACACGACGGCGACUGAAGAAGACAAGAAGUUAAAGAUGAACGCUGCACAGUUGCAGCAGCCAUUGCAGUUGAACUGAUGUGUUAGCUAUUCAUGUAGCUAGAACAGUUGUACAAUUAUUGUUUGCUAAUUGGAACUCUUGGUACGAUAUUAUGUGUAUUCGUUUCCUUAUUAUUUUACUCACCCCAUCUUCUCAUAAAUUCUUUGUGUUAGUGA